GGUAGCACGCUUUGUGAUCGCACCCUGGCAGCCGAGUGGGGCUUCUGCUUCUGGAGCAUUAAAAUGACCCCCAGAAGCGGGGCUCGCAGACAGUGCAGAAGGUGGCUGCCCUGUUGCUACUAGAGUGCGUGUGUGGGGGGUCAUUUCUUUGGUGGGGGGUGUUAGCCUGGGUGCUCCCUGCUGAAUGUUACCCCCAGAGGAAGAGAAGAGUUUGCCUCUUUCAGAGAGAUGGCCCCGAGCCAGCAAGUUCGUGCUCUCAGCCUGUGCAGCAGUUGUAGCAGAACUAGUGACCUUUCCCCUGGACCUCACAAAAACUCGCCUGCAGAUCCAAGGUGAAGCUGCCAUGCAUCGUCAUGAAGCUGCGCCUUACCGUGGCAUGCUGCGUACUGCAGCAGGGAUUGUUCAAGAGGAAGGCUUGCUAAAACUCUGGCAAGGAGCAACGCCCGCAGUUUACAGACACAUAGUAUACAGUGGAGUACGGAUGGUUGCUUAUGAACAUCUUCGUGACUCUGUUCUUGGCAGAGCUGAAGAUAAAAGCUUUCCUCUCUGGUAUUGUCAGAAUGGAAGUACAGACACUUGGAAUGGAGUGAGGAAGGAUUGCCAAAAACAUGGCUCCCAAACCCCAGCGUUGUCUAUAUUUUUGGUUGCUUUAAAAAGGAUUUGUUUCCAGUUACUUUCCAUGAAAGCUGUAGUAGGAGGGAUGACAGCGGGUGCCAUUGGUCAGUUUUUUGCCAGUCCAACUGAUCUGGUGAAGGUCCAGAUGCAGAUGGAAGGAAGGAGAAGGCUAGAAGGGAAACCAUCACGAUUUCGUGGUGUGCACCAUGCAUUUGUGAAGAUCCUAUCUGAGGGAGGAAUACGGGGCCUAUGGGCAGGAUGGGUGCCAAAUGUCCAAAGAGCUGCUCUUGUAAACAUGGGAGAUCUGACCACUUAUGAUUCAGUGAAACACUUCCUACUACGGAACACACCACUUCAGGACAAUAGCGUGACUCACAGCAUGGCCAGUGGAUGUUCUGGCCUGGUAGCUGCUAUUCUGGGAACUCCUGCCGAUGUAGUCAAAACCAGGAUAAUGAACCAGCCAAGAGAUGAAGUGGGAAGAGGCUUACUGUAUAAGUCCUCUACAGACUGCUUGAUUCGAACAAUACAAGGUGAAGGAUUUAUGUCUCUUUACAAAGGGUUCAUGCCAACCUGGAUGCGAAUGGCUCCGUGGUCAUUGGUGUUCUGGCUCACUUAUGAACAAAUCAGAAGGCUCUGUGGAAAUAGUUCAUUUUAAAAUCUUUUGAAAUCAUGCCCAGAGUCAUAAAACAGAUGAAGAAUUACAAAUCCAGUAGCUCACCAAUUAACAGUACUUUACCAGAAAGGAAUUAACUGGUAGUAGUAUCACACCUCAAGAUCAAUCCCCUUUCGUAGCCAUUUAAUGGUACCUGCUGAUUGCUGCUUGGCAUAUGACCAUAUGUGAACUAAACUGGUGGGUCCAUACAGCAAGUGUCCAUUAGGGGAAAAAAUGCUGCUGCACUUGGUCGUAAACAUCAGCCAUGCCGGGAGAUGUGCUGCUGCACAGUGUGUAUUCUUCGGAUAAAUAAAGGACUCCAGUCAUUCA